UUCUCACAUCCUGCAUCCCCGUCCUCUGUAACUGUAUAUUAUGGUGCUGUACUUCCCAGCCAGCUGAUGAAAGCUUCGUUUCAGUUCAGGAUAAGAUGUCAGAAAUCCCCACAACAGACCCAAGAUUUUCUCCCCCAUUCCAGAUCUGUAUACUGCUGAUGUGUGUGAGCUGUGUGUCCUCUUUCAGAACACAAGGAGAGAACGUGGACAGUAAAUUGGGAUUGUCUAGGCAACAGACAAGAAAAGAACACCAUGGACACUGGGAGAUAAUAGUUCCUUACAUUCUGAGUGGUGAAGAGUGGACGCCAAUAGCUAAAUCCUUUCUAAAGGGUUAUCCUUCAGCGCUGAAACUCCUAUUAAGAGCUAAAGAUAGACAACUGCUGAUCAAUCUGCGGAGAAAUGAGGGACUUCUUGCAAGCAGCUUCACUUCAACGCAUUAUAAGGAAGAUGGCUCUGCCGUGAUCACUACGCAUAAUUAUACGGAAAGCUGCUACUACCAUGGGAAGGUGGAGGGAUACCAUGAUUCUGACGUCAGUCUUAGCUCUUGUGCUGGCCUCAGGGGAUUAAUUACACUUGAAAACAGAGCAUAUGUUUUGGAGCCACGGGCUGAUUCCACAAGCCGUCACCUCUUUUACAAAGCGGAACAUCUAAAACUGAAUUCUGGGUCCUGCAGCCAGCAUUUUAACCUUUCAGGCAUUUCUAUCAUCGACACUUUAAAGUACUCUCAAGAAUAUUUAAAACGGCACAAAAGGGACACUUUGAGGACAACAAAGUACGUGGAGCUUGUUAUUGUAGCAGAUAAUCGAGAGUUUCAGAGGCAAGGAAAGGAUGUGGAUAGAGUUAAACAUCGACUCAUAGAAAUGGCGAAUUACGCGGACAAGUUUUUCAGGCCAUUGAAUAUCCGAGUAGCUUUGGUUGGAGUAGAGAUAUGGAGCGAUGCAGAUAAAUGUACGAUAACUCAAGAUCCGUUUACCAGCCUUCAUGAAUUUUUGGACUGGAGGAAACUACAUUUGCUACCUCAAAAGCCCCAUGACAAUGCCCAGCUUAUAAGUGGAAUUUCUUUUCAAGGCACAACUAUUGGAAUGGCUCCCAUAAUGAGCAUGUGCACUGCAGACAAAUCUGGUGGAGUUGUCAUGGACCAUUCAGAUAAUCCUCUUGGAGCAGCUGUAACACUUGCACAUGAACUAGGGCACAAUUUUGGAAUGAAUCACGACACACUGGAAAGAGGGUGCAACUGCAAAGAAUCUGCUGAUAAGGGUGGCUGUAUCAUGACUCCAUCCACUGCAUACCCAUUCCCUACAGUGUUUAGCAGCUGCAGCAAAAAGGAUUUGGAUAGCAGCUUGGAAAAAGGAGUGGGCAUGUGUCUCUAUAACAUGCCUGAAGUUACAAAAUCAUUUGGAGAACAGAAAUGUGGGAAUGGAUUUGUAGAAGAAGGAGAACAGUGUGAUUGUGGAGAACCAGAAGAAUGCACAAACAUGUGUUGCAAUGCCAGCUUAUGCCUGUUAGUGGAAGGAGCUGUGUGUGCCCAUGGGCUAUGUUGUGAAAAUUGCAAGCUGAAACCAGGAGGAACACCGUGCAGAGAAUCAAGUAACUUCUGCGAUCUUCCAGAAUUCUGUACGGGAGCCAGUGCCCACUGCCCAGCAAAUGUUUAUCUACACGAUGGUCAGCCGUGCCACAAAUUAGAUGGCUACUGUUACAAUGGCAUAUGUCAAACACAUGAGCAACAAUGUGUCACACUCUGGGGUCAAGGCGCUAAACCUGCCCCCGGUAUCUGUUUCGAAAGAGUGAAUUCAGCAGGAGAUCCCUAUGGUAACUGUGGGAAAGACAACGCUGGCACAUUUAUGAAGUGUGAAAGCAGAGAUGCAAAAUGUGGGAAAAUUCAGUGUCAAGGAGGGGCAAGUCGCCCUGUUAUUGGUACCAAUGCUGUUUCUAUAGAAACAAAUAUUCCUCAGCAAGAGGGAGGAAAAAUCCUUUGUCGUGGUACCCAUGUCUACCUGGGGGAUGACCUCCCUGAUCCUGGCCUGGUGCUGGUCGGCACAAAAUGUGAAGAAGGAAAAAUAUGCCUCGAUCGGCAGUGUCAGAACAUCAGCAUAUUUGGCGUUAACGACUGUGCAAUCAAAUGCCACCGACACGGAGUUUGCAACAAUAAAAAGAAUUGUCAUUGUGAAGCUGAAUGGGCGCCUCCGUAUUGUGACAAACCAGGCUACGGAGGGAGUGUGGACAGCGGACCAAUGAGACUCACUGGCAAUAGGAGUUUAAUCAUAGGCAUACUUGUGACAAUUAUCUGCAUAAUCGUCGCUGCUUUCACCAUAUACCUCAAAAGAAGAACCCUGUUCAACUGGAUUUUUACAAAUAAGAAGAGUACCAUUGAAAAAUUAAGGUCAGUCCGUCCAUCGAGAACUGGAUGUUCAAAUGAGGCUAAUCAAGAAUAUACCACAACUCUCUGCAAACAUCUUCCGCGCAAACCCUCGCAGAUAGAGAAGCAGACAGAAAGGGCGAAGAGAUUGCCACGUUACCAACCCGUUGAUAUUAGUCAUCCAAUAAACAUACUUGAUUUACCUUCACACCGAGCCCCACGGCCUCUGCAGCAUGCCCUACCACGACCUCACCAUCCACCCGUCCAAAAACUGGCUCCGGCUCUACCGCUUCCUGCAAAACCGACCAUCAGACAGGAAUCAUACAUACCAAGCCCGCCACAGAAACCACUGCCAGCGAAUCCUUCGAUUAAAAAUGCCCGCUGUGACAGUGCCUUAAGCUCCAUGUACGACCGUCAAGGAACAGAGCAUCGAAUCACUCCUGUGAGACCAGCACCCAAGUGCCCACCUCAACAUCCUCAAUCGAUCCAUCUGAAAUGAGAUGUUACAAAUCCUUUGGUGAAAUUUGCACUAUGUUUUAGCUCAACGUUGAGUUUGUUUACGUACAUCAACACAAUGUAGAUUGCUAUCAUGUAAAACUAAUAUUUUGAAAGAAGAACUGUGCUCGAUGACCUUUGGUGCUAUGCGAUAGUGUGGUGCUCUAAUGUGUUUCCUCAGGUUGUUGUAAAUUAUUAAUUUAUGUUUCAUAUUUAGUACAGUGCAGUGCAUUGUAUUAAAAAUAUUUAACCAGAGGAGUUUUGUUCGUAAAAAGGAUUUUUUUUUUUUUAUAAUUGUUAAUACACUUGAAACAUUUUUACCUUUUUUAUUACAACAGAUUCUACAUUAAGAUUUGUUGUAACUUGACUAUUUUUCAAAAAGCAGAAAACAAAAGGCACAAUCUCAACUAGUAGCUUUAAAUAUACAAUCCGUAACUACCCUUCCCUUCCACUUUAGCAAAUAUUACUGGAAUUAUUUAGUCGAUAAUACAUUUGAUAGAGUUCGCUUAUUAACUUUUAUUAAGAGGGUUAGUGUUAUUGCAAAGAUGUAGAGUUUAAUGUUGUGGGCUCUCCAGUGACUAUUUGCACUGUAGUUGGUCACUACGGAGAUUAUUAAGUGUCCAUCAUAUUCAUCAAAAGAGCACUAUGAUUGUACUUAAGGUAAAUCACUCUGCUAUGAUCUUAAGAAAGGGAGUCAUUGGAACUUUUAACAUAAUUUACUGCACGAUGAAUCAGCCGAGUUGCAUUUUGAGGAAUACUCUCCAUAAUAGGUUACCGCACACUACAAGUAAAUAAAUAAUACUGUUUCUGUUAUUGGGGUUUAU